AUGCAGUCAGGAAUAUCAGCUUCUCAGGAGCUUCAGAACGAGUUCAACUCGUUGCUGUCGUCGACCGGCACCUUUGGGCUCCUCGCAACCAUCGAGAAGGAGUCCAUGGUCCCUAUCACCACGAUCCCCUCCAAAUCAAGCUCUUUUUCUGAUAACCUUUCUGGUCUUGAGCCUCACCUCAAGCCCGAUGUCGCCCUAUACAUUAUUCUUCGUCGUCACGAGGAUGCUCCUCGAUUCAUAGCCAUCACCUACGUCCCCGACUCGGCAAAGGUGCGCCAAAAGAUGUUGUUUGCUUCCACCCGCUUGACCUUUGUGCGAGAGCUGGGCACAGAACACUUCCGGGAGACCAUCUUUGUCACAACGCCCGAAGAGCUGAGCGUCAAGGGCUUCGAGAAGCACGAUGCGCAUAACAAGUUGGCUGCCCCUCUCACCGAAGAAGAACAGCAGCUGGGCGAGGUCAAGCGUGCUGAGCAGGAGGCUGGUCAGGGAACGGGACAAAAGGCUAUUCAUCUGAGCAAGAACUUUGCUAUGCCCAUCUCUGACGAGGCCAUUGCUGCUCUGAAGGAAGUUGGCCAAGACGGCGGUCGACCUGUGACGAUGCUGAAAAUUAACCCCUCGACUGAGAAAGUGGAGCUCGUUCCCGAGGCACCCACGCCGAGCGGCAUUUCAGAACUGACAAAGGCCAUCUCGUCGACCGAGCCGCGGUUCACCUUUUACCGCUUUACCCACACACACGACGGUGCCGAGUCGAGCCCCAUUCUGUUCUUCUACACCUGCCCCUCGACGCCCGGCAACAAGUCCAUCAAGUUCCGCAUGAUGUACCCCCUGAUGAAGCGUUCCGUCCUCGACGCCGCCGAGAGCCAAGCUGGGCUGACGCUCGAGAAGAAGUUUGAAGUAGAGGAUCCUAGUGAGAUUACCGAGGAGUCGGUCUUGGAGGAUUUGCAUCCCAAGACGGCGUCCCGACAGGGCUUUAGCCGCCCCAAGCGACCUGGCCGAUAG